GUUUUAUUACUAACUAAUUUUUAACUUGCAAAGUUAAUUGAAAGUAAUAUAUUUUGUAAGUUAGAAAUUUUAUUCUUAUUUAUGAAUAAAACAUUUGCUUCAUUAAAAUUUCCGUAGAAAUGUAGAGUAUCUAAUUUUUAUUAUUUGAAAUUAUGUUGUAACUUGUUCGUUAUGAGUACUCUUGAAGAAAUCGAAGCUACAUAUGUUGUAGUUGGUGGUGGUAUUGCAGGAAUAAGUUGUAUUGAAUCGUUAAAGUUAUAUACAAGUGAUAUAAUAUUAUUAAUUUCUGAAACACCCACAAUUAAAAUUGUUACCAAUGUAAAAUAUCAUACAAAACUUGCAGCAGAAUUUGAUGUUGAAGGCAGAAGUGUGCAUUCUAUUGAAAAUAUUAAGUAUAUUAUUGGAAAAGUUAUUUCUAUUGAUUCUCUUGCACACAUAGUUUACACAAAUAACAGUAAAGUAAAAUAUAAAAAAUUAUGUUUAUGUACUGGAGCCACACCUAAACUGAUAAAUAAUCAAAAUUAUGUUAUUGGUCUACGAGAUACUCAUUCUGUAGAAUAUUUUCAAUCAAUUCUUGGUCAUGCUAAAGAAAUAUUAAUUAUAGGCAAUGGUGGUAUUGCUACUGAUUUGGUUUAUAAAUUGAACGGUAUUAAAAUAAUCUGGGUCAUUAAAGAUGAUCAUAUAAGUUCACACUUUUUAGAUGCUGGUGCUGCUGAAUUUUUUAGUGAUUAUGUGAAUACAACCCAAAAACAAAGUGGAGUUGUUAAAAGACAUAGAUAUAAAGGUGAGGAAGGAACUAGGGCAGCUUUAGGUCCAGAUUGGCAUAGUGGCCCUAUGUUUGGUAAUAAUAAAAAUAAAGAAGUUAUUGUUGAAUACAUGACAACCAUAGAGAGAAUUUCUAAGAAUGAACGAGUAAAAGUAGAGUUGGCAAAUGGAAAAAUAUAUGAAUGUGAUUUUGUUGUAUCUGCAACUGGUGUUGUACCAAAUAAUAAUAUAGAAUUGAAAAACAAUGAACAUUUUUUAAUAGCUCCUGAUGGAGGCAUAAAAGUGAAUUGGAAAAUGGAAACCAAUAUUCCUGAUGUGUUUGCAGCAGGUGAUGUAUGCACUACUGAUUGGAAAUCUGAACAUUGGUUUCAAAUGCGAUUGUGGUCUCAGGCAAGACAAAUGGGAAUGUAUUCAGCAAAAUGUAUGUAUUUUACCCAUAUAAAAGAAGAAUUCUAUCAAGAUUUUAGUUUUGAACUUUUUACACAUGUGACUUGCUUUUUUGGAUUUAAAGUUAUACUUUUAGGUUUAUAUAAUGCUCAAGGAUUAAACAAAAAAGAUUGUGAACUAUUGGUACGAGUGACUAAAGGACAUGAAUAUAUCAAGUUAGUAUUGGAAAAAGGAAAAGUUGUUGGAGCCAUGCUUAUAGGAAAUUCUGAUCUGGAAGAAAUGUGUGAAAAUUUGAUAUUAAAUAAAAUAGAUGUUACUAAUCUUACUGAUGAUUUACUGGAUCCUAACAUAGACAUAGAUGAUUAUUUUGAUUAAUAUUUUAUUGUAUAUAUAUAUAUAUAUAAAAAAAAAAAAAGGAAAUACAUGUAUACUUAAAAUAAAGUUACAAAUUACUUUUUAUAAGGUGAUCUUGAC